UCCCAGGUCCCGUCGAAGAUCGCAGCAUUAAAACACACACAAUUAAAAGCAAUUCAACUUUCUCAUGCCCUGAAUAAUCGGAAUGAAACAAGAGUCCCAUUCCAGAACAGGCGGCGGCGACCACCCUGCCUCUCUGGGCCGAGGCAGCGAAAACCUCCACGCGAAACUCUGCAGCGGGUCUCACCACGCCGAGCAGAUCCUCCAGACUCUCAACUCCUACCGGCUGGGCGGCAUCUUCACCGACGUGGUGCUCGCCACGGGCGGGCAGGAGUUCCCUUGCCACCGGGCUGCCUUAUCCGCCAGCAGCACCUACUUCCGGGCUCUGUUUGCCGGGGGAGCGAAGGAAGGCCGCCAAGGCACCGUCCAUCUCCCCGAGGUCUCUGCUCCCGGCAUGAGCCUCGUCCUGGACUACAUAUACGGCGGGGACAUCCUCAUCCAGGGAGACAACGUGGAAGGCCUGCUGGAGCUGUCCAGCUUUCUCCAGAUCCCCAGGCUCAAAGACGCCUGUGUCGCCUUCUUAGAAGGACAGCUGCGUCCUCUCAACUGUCUGGGCAUCCUGAAGGUUGCAAACUCCUUCUCCAUCCCAUCCCUGACCGAGAGGAGCAAGAGGUGCCUGCUGGAGGGCUUUGUGGAGGUCUCCCGUCACAAGGAGUUCCUGGAGCUGGGUGCCGAGGAGCUCGUGGGCUGCCUGUCGAGCGAGCGCCUGGCUGUCCGCAAGGAGGAAUCGGUCUUCGAGGCGGUGCUGCGGUGGGUGCGCCACGACGUGGCUGCCAGGAAGGGGGCCCUGAAGGAUUUGCUCCAGCACGUGCGGCUCCCCCUGCUCGACCCUGUUUAUUUUCUAGAGAAGGUGGAGACGGACGAGCUCAUCCAGGAAUCCAAGGAGUGCAUCCCUUUGCUGCUAGAAGCCCGCAAGUAUUACGUCCAAGGCAGGGAGGCCAGCUCUCGGCGGUCUAGACCUAGAAGAUACAUGGAGUUAGCGGAAAUGAUCGUUGUGAUUGGAGGCUGCGGCAAGAAAGGGUCCUUGAAAUUUCCUUUUGUGGAUCUCUUCCACCCCGAAAGCAAGCAAUGGAAACCACUAUCCAGCGUCCCUGGAUAUACCAGGUCAGAGUUCGCUGCCUGCACCUUGAAGAAUGAUGUCUACAUCUCAGGAGGCCACCUGAACGGCAGAGAUGUCUGGAUGCUGAGCUCCCAGCUGAACGUCUGGAUGAGGGUCGCCUGUUUGCAGAAAGGGAGGUGGAGGCACAAGAUGGCCACCCUCCAGGGAAAGAUCUACGCCGUGGGCGGGUACGACGGCUUUUGCCGCCUGGCCAGCGUGGAAUGCUACGACGCCUUUUCCAACAGCUGGGCAGAUGUUGCCCCGUUGCCGGAGGCAGUGAGCUCGGCGGCUGUGGUUCCGUGUCUCGACAAGCUGUAUGUGAUCGGGGGUGCCGUGGAGGACGGGGCCAACACAGAUAAGGUUCAGUGCUACGACCCAGAGGAAAACAAGUGGACCCUUUUGUCGGCGGCCCCUUUCCACCAGCGAUGCGUCAGCGCCGUCACUUUGGAUCACUCGAUUUACGUUGUUGGGGGACUCCUGAGUAAUAUAUUCAGCUACAGCCCCCAGGAGGACACUUGGAGUGAAGUUGCGUCCCUCCCGGGACCUCUGGAGAACUGCGGCGUCACCGUGUGCUCUGGCAAAAUCUACAUCCUGGGGGGCACAGACGAGAACGAGCAAGGCACGGACAAGGUGUUCGCUUUUGAUGCAGAGACUGGGGUGGUCGAACCCGAGACCCCGCUCCAGCGCUGCACCAGUUGCCACGGCUGCGUGACCAUCCUCCGGAGCAGGACCAGGUGA